CUUGAGCUAAGCUACAGAGUUGUCUUUGCGCUUUUGCUCUGCUUCUUCCACUCACGUUCGCAAUUCAAUAAUAACGCGUAUUCGCGUUUUCAUAAUCUCCUUAUUCUUUAAGAAGAAUUCAUUGAGGGAUUGUCGUCGAUAUGGGCAAGUUAACUAGCACGAUCGGGAUUCCAAUCAAGCUUCUGAAUGAAGCGCAGGGCCACGUCGUCACCCUCGAGAUUACAUCCGGCGUCGUCUACCGAGGAAAGCUUUUGGAGGCCGAGGACAACAUGAACGUCCAACUCAAAGACAUCACCGUGACCGCCCGCGACGGCCGUGUUUCGCAUCUCGACCAGGUCUAUAUCCGGGGGAGUCAUGUGCGGUUCUUUAUUGUGCCGGAUAUGUUGAGGAACGCACCUAUGUUCCGCUCGAGAGGCCAGCGCGGCAGAGGUGUUGGAUUGGCGCGUGGUAAGGCGACGGUGCAGAGGGCUAGGGGACAGCGGAGGGGUUGAUUUUUGUCCUUGGGACUUGGUCUUUUCGUUUUUGUCGCGGUUUACUACUACAUUUUCCAUGUGAUGGUCGGCGUUUUUUCUUUGUUUUACUAGGGGACUUGAAAAUUUACGCUCAAUGAGAUAAUCUGUCUGGUCCAGCUCAUGCUAUAGAUAGUGUUGCAAGCAAAGCAGGCAGGAUUGGUAUUUGUUCCUGGCCUUUAGAGAUUAUGAUUCUGGGGGUAUCAGCUUUGUUUGUCUGUCCUGCCUCCGUAGUUUGUACACCUACGGGGCAGUAAUUCUCAAACACAUGAUAACGAGGCCUGGAUAAUAAUAGUUAGAAAUAUCUUUCUUGUUCACGCCAAACAAAUACAUAGGGGCGUGUAUAAAAUCUUGGAGCUUGGUUCUGGCCCUGCAAAUCCAUC